UAUUGGAAGGUAGAUUGCAUUCAUGCCCUGUGCGUCGCUCUUCACACAUUUCAUCGAUUUUAUUUUGUUAUUGUAUUUUUAAACCAGAACGAUGUAUUUUCUGUUAGGGUGAAUUAAUUAACGUGUUAUGUUAAGACAUUAUAGUGCUUCUGUGUUGUUAAGAGUGCAUUGAGUGAGGUGGUUUUAACGAAUGCGCCACCAUGACGCUUUCGAACAGCCGCCAGCAGUUCCUGGCGUACGAGUCUCAAGCCGCAGAGGACAUCCGGUACGAGCGGCGAGGCGGCAUGUUUGUCACCACCUGCGUGUGCAUUUCCUUCGUGGUGACAGCCGUCAUUGUCGCAGCCCUAGUCGGAGUCAUCACCUACUUCAUCACAUUUUUUAAGUUAUCUCAGAAGCCAACCAAUUUUUGGGAUGAAGCAGAACCUUUUGGCCAAACGACAGCCCCCUCGGCCGACCUCCGACUGUCGUCCACCCACGUAGUCCCCAGUUUCUAUAGACUCAAAUUAAUAACUGAUCUAGAUAAUUAUGUAUUCAAUGGAGAAGUCUACAUAACGGUAAAAGCCACCCAGAAAGUUAAUAAAAUCAUUCUACAUUCUAAAGGUCUUAAGAUACAUGAUAAUGCGAAACUCACUGAACAAAUCUAUGAGAAGGUGGACAGUUUACAUAGAAAGAAAAGGAGGGAAGCUCCAAUUGAAUCCAACAACUCAACCACCCUGAAUGUGACAAUAACCGAAACAACACUGAAGACUGAGAAUAAAUCUGAAGACAGUCCAAACAGUACUAGCACCCCUGAGGUAGAACUGCAGGUGAGCACUACUGAGGAAAGUGCUACAACUACGGACACUCCCAUUAUUCAGAACGACAUGGCAAAUGCAACAGACACUCAGCUGACCCAUAGCACUGCCAAGAACAUCAAGAUAAUGUCGGUGAGCAGUGCCCCGGGGGACCGGCUGGUGCUGUCGCUGGCCAGGUCCAUGCAGCCUGGAGUAGACUACAUCCUGCAGCUCACCUUCCAGGGCAACAUCACCGACAGCCUCACCGGGUUCUACAAGAGUGAAUAUUCUAAUGCUGAACAUGAGAAAAGGGUACUAGGAGUAACUCAGUUUGAACCAACUUCAGCCCGAGAAGCCUUCCCAUGUUUUGAUGAGCCAGAGUUCAAAGCCAAGUUUGAGAUAAGCAUUGCUCACCCAACCAACAUGUCUGUACUCUCAAACAUGAAGGUUUCCACUGAAGAACCAUUCCCAGAAAAAGACAAUUGGAUAUGGACGCACUUCGAACGAUCAGUCAACAUGUCUACCUACCUAGUGGCCUACGUCCUUUCCGACUUCAAAUACCUCGAAACAUUUUACACAGGCCAGGAUAAUGUGAAUAAAUCCAUCCGUGUCUGGGCGCGACCAGAACUGAUUCACAAAGCGAAGUAUGCUCUGUCCAUCACACCGAAACUUCUGGAAUACUAUGAGCAGAUAUUUGGACUACCCUACGCGCUUGACAAAUUGGAUUUGGUCGCCAUACCUGACUUUUCUAGUGGUGCCAUGGAGAAUUGGGGAUUGAUUACUUUUAGAGAAACGGCGCUCCUAUUCGACGAGGUCUCCAGCGGGCCGCACGACAAGCAGACGGUGGCUAUAGACGUGGCCCAUGAGCUGGCGCACCAGUGGUUCGGCAACCUCGUCACCAUGGCGUGGUGGACCGACCUGUGGCUGAACGAGGGGUUCGCCACGUAUAUAGAGUAUGUCGGCGUCCAUCGGAUCCACCCAGAAUGGAACAUGCUAGAAUCGUUCUCCCUAGACAAGAUGAACUUACUCCGGACAGACGCGCUCAAGAAUACCUCCCCCGUGUCGCGGGAGGUCAUCGACGCCUCGGAGAUAUCGCAGAAGUUCGACGAAAUAUCCUACAACAAGGGGGCGAAUCUGAUACGGAUGCUGAACCACACGAUAUCGCAGGAGCUGUUCUUGAAGGGACUGCAGAUUUAUUUGAAUGAGUGGAAGUUCAAGAACGCAGAAGAGAACGACCUCUGGCUGGCGAUGACCACCGCGGCUCACGGGCAGCCGGGACUCACCGACCUGUCCGUGGUCAAGUACAUGAACUCAUGGACCCGCCAGCCGGGGUACCCCGUGCUGUAUGUCAAUAGAGAUUACGGCACUGGGGAGGUGCGGUUUGAACAGAAACUCUUCUCGACAACCAAAGAUCCGUACCCAAAAAUGGUGAAACAGAUCUGGCAGAUACCGGUCACGUUCACUGGACUGGAUAAUGCGAACUAUUCUUCGGUUCCCAAGCUGUGGCUGAAGCAUAAAACUGCGUCUCUACGGGCUAAUGUUAGUGAGAAUGAGGCCUUGUAUGUCAACUUUGAUGCUAUUGGUUACUACCGAGUAAACUACGACACUAGAAACUGGGAACUGCUCCGGGAGGCCCUAAAAAGCGGCAAAGUGCGGUCCAACAUAUCACGAGCCCAACUCAUAGACGAUUCAUUCAACCUGGCCAAAGUGGGGCAACUGAACUACAGCUAUCCCCUGAGUCUGUCCACGUUUGUGAAGGAAGGGGAGGAUAGUAAGAUAGUGUGGGACCUGCUGCUGGGGAACCUAGGCUUUUUGAAACAUAAUUUGCGGUCGUCGCCAUCGUAUGGAUACUUUUUGGAAUACGUGCAAUCCCUCAUCACGAAACAACUAGCAACCCUCAACUACGGCGACCCCCCUCCCGCGUCGGACACCACGGCGCUGCUGACAGAGAACUUGCUGUCCUGGGAGUGCCGCGUGCAGACGCCGCGCUGCCUCGCCUGGGCGCGCCAGUUGUUCCAGCAGGCGCAAGCUGCGGACAAUGUGAUCCCAGCAUACCUCCGCGGAUUGGUAUACAGUGUUGCUGUCCGUCACGGCAGUCGAGAAGACUUCAUGUUUCUGUGGAGAAUGUUCCAGAACUCCACUGAUCCUACUGUGAAGAACCUGGUUAUAGGCAGCCUGCCGGCCACGCAGGAUGUGUCGCUUAUUAACUUCCUCCUAGAAAAGAGCAUAACCGAGAUACCGAAGCAAUACGCCGUGUACGCAUGGGGCAUGGACUCGGCCAUCGGCACCCACAUCGCGCAAGAUUUCCUUAUCAACAACUGGGCUCGAGUGUACCAGGCCUUCGCCAAGUCUGACACGUUCCUGUUUCCUGAAGUCUUGAAUGGGGCUUUUGGUAGUAUUACUACUCAGGAGGAGUUGGAUAAGUUGAAGUCGUUCGCGGUGCAGCACAAAUCGGAGUUGCUCCCGGUCUCGCAGACGCUACAGAAGCUAGUCGACAGCGCCACUCUUCGGAUAGGCUGGAUCGCGCAACACCGCGCCGAGAUCGAGGACUGGCUCAAGGAAUAUGUUGAAGGUUCACAUGCAGAAACAACAGGGGCAACAACCCAUAUAUCAACAGAAACGAAUUCCAACGUCACAUCCACUAGUUCUACAACACCGCAAGAGACAGCCACAGAAGCCAUUUUAGCCCCUAAUACAACAACAAUAAGUAGUACCGAAGCUACAACUGAAAGUAUAAUAACUGCUAAGGCUUCAGCCACUGCCAGUGCCAACGUAACUGUAACCACCAGUUAAUGAUUGAAGAUCUUUUAGGUAUUUUAAUAAUU